UAACGCUAGUUUCAUAUUUGAUCAUACAUAUUCAGAUUUUUUUAACCGUAUUAAUAAUUAAAAAGGUAAAGGGUAGAUAUCAUACGAUUUAGGAUACAUUAUCCACAAAAAUUACAAGGUAAUGACAGGUGUGUAAUGUAACCAAUGACGACUGACAGAGACAGCGCUGGCGGCUGUUAUCGUUGUACCAACUGCAACAUUUAUAUUUUAGAGAAAUAUUGCCGAAGAAAAUACAUUUUAAGUAAUUUCGAAAUGUUUGUACUUUAAAUAACAAGAGAAAGCUAUUCUUGAAAAGUUACUUAGUGUUUUGUAAAGCAGAGGUAACCGUUUUCUUUUAUAAUUUUAGGUGUAAACAUGUGCUUUUAUUAAGAUGAUGUAGAUACGGUUCAUCAUAUAUAUGCCAUAUUGAUAGUCAUAAACAAAAUACAGCACAAAUUCUAAAUGCUCUUUCAUAGAUAGAAAUUUUUAAGUGAACAUGUCAACACAAGUGGAAUUAACAGGGACCUCUUAUGCCCAUGUUGUUCUGAGUUUCAAAGCAGUAGAAGACGAGGAUCAUCAGAGCAACAAAGAGAACUUAGAAUUGGUCAGUCAGUCAAGUGAUUCGUCCAGCAAUAAAAAGAAAUGUUUAUCAAAGUCCUAUACUGAUGGUAUGGUGAAUUCUUCUUUAGAUGAUGGAGGCAAUUUCACCCCUGUAGUCAGUCAUUGUAGAAAAGAGCGUAAGCAUGAUAAAAAACGUGAUAAAUUUAAGGGAAAAGAAUCACAUGAUAAACAGAAACAUGCAGUCAGUGAUAGAAACAAUACUAAUGUAGAAAAACGUGAAAAUUCAAAUCGUGAAAUGCUCCAAAAUAUUGCAGUACAAGAAAACAACAAGAAAAGUACAAAUGAAGUAAAAAAGGUGUUUGUUGAAGCCCCACUGCCGAAAGUAAAUCCCUGGCAAGUAAAUAAAAAUGCAACACAAGCAAUGUCUUCAAAAGAAGUAUGUGAAACUACUGAAAGUAUUGUGCACAAAGUUACAAAUGGAGAACCUUGGAAAAAAGUUCAAAGUUCCAAAGAACAAAAGGCUAGUGAAUUUUCUGGUGCUAGUGAUUGGCCAUCUCUUGGAAACUGUACCCUUGAGAAAAAAGGCCUUGCAUCAAAACAAGGUUCUGUAGCUGAACAUGAAGAAGAUUCUUCAGAUAAAAAAAGAAAAACUAAUAAACAGAAAUGGGUACCACUAGAGAUAGACUUAGCAAAAGGUAAUCCAAGAGAAAAUUCUCCAAAAAAAGGGGAAAGACACAAUUCAGAUGUGCAUAUGUCGGAUAAUGAGCACCUCUGUUCAUAUGCAAAAGAUAGUGACAGUGCACUACCUAAAAAAAACUUGCCAAGAGAAGGCAAAAGUCGUAGUAGGGGAACAAAAGUGUUGCAUUAUAAUAGAUCAAAUGCUAGAGCAAAUAGUGAAUCAAAAUAUUCUAGUAAAAGGAAUGAAAACUUAGAGCACACACAAUAUGAAAGAGCUGAUGGUUUUUUGAUGCCAUAUAUGGGCAUGUUUUAUUUUGGUGGUAACAGUUAUAAUAAUCUGGAUAGUCCCACUUUAAAAGACUAUAUUAAAAAGCAGAUGUAA